GUUUUGUUGGUUGGACCUCCUGGAACCGGUAAAACUUUGUUGGCAAGAGCUGUUGCCGGUGAAGCUGGAGUGCCGUUCUUCCACGCUGCUGGACCAGAGUUUGAUGAAGUUCUUGUUGGCCAAGGUGCUCGUCGCGUUCGCGAUCUUUUCCGAGCUGCCAAAGCUCGGGCCCCGUGUGUAGUAUUCAUCGAUGAAAUCGACUCUGUUGGAGCGAAGAGGACGAAUUCGAUCCUGCAUCCUUACGCCAACCAGACGAUCAAUCAACUGCUCGCAGAAAUGGAUGGGUUUGUGCAAAACGAGGGUGUGAUUGUCCUGGGAGCCACAAACCGAAGAGAAGACUUGGACAAAGCCCUUUUGCGUCCGGGUCGUUUUGACGUAGAAGUCCAGGUACCUGUUCCUGAUUACGAAGGACGCGUUGACAUAAUCAAGUUGUACCUUGGGAAAGUUAAGUUUGGUCCUGACGUUAACGAGGAGAAACUCAGUCGAGGCACAACUGGCUUCACUGGAGCGGACAUUGAAAAUCUCGUCAACCAAGCUGCUCUCAAAGCAGCCAUGGACGGCUCAGAUUAUGUUUUAAUGAAACAUCUUGAGUUUGCGAGAGACAAAAUUCUCAUGGGCCCGGAGAGAAAAAGUAGAAUCCCCGACGAAGAAACGAACAAGUUGACUGCUUUCCACGAAGGUGGACAUGCUUUGGUAGCGUAUUACACGAAAGAAGCUCAGACGCUUCACAAGGUUACAAUUAUCCCUCGUGGUCCUUCACUUGGACACCAAGCGACGUCGUUGGCUGCACACAUGGUGAAAGAAUUCGGGAUGAGUGAGCGAGUUGGUCUUCGGUUUCAUGACAGGCAAGAUGGGAGCCUCGUUGUCGUGAAUGAAAACAGUCCUUCCACCAGUGAAGCCAUCGAUUCCGAAAUCAAUCGCUUGCUGAAGGAAUCACAUGGCCGUGCCACUAAUAUUCUCAAGGAGCACAGAAAUGAGCUGAACCUUCUCGCAGACGCUUUAUUGAAGUACGAAACGUUGGACGUUGAAGAUAUCAAGGCGAUUGUGGAAGGAAAGGACAUAGUGGCCAUCAGUGGCCGCCACUUUAUUGUGUGUGUGAUAGGGGAAGUUGUUUUCGCGAUGGCUGCGCCUCCACCGGUGGUUCCGCAAUUAUGGUCGGCCUCCGCGAAAAUGUCUGAAAAAGUGCGAUACGCGACGUUGUAUCCGGCGUAUAUAAAUAGCAACAAGAAGCUUUGCGAAGGACGGCGAAUAGCGAAAGAAAAGUGUGUCCCGGAUCCGAAUGUGAACGAGAUGAAGGACGUUUUGCUCAGUGCGGGUUUCAACGUGUUCCUGGAGCCGAAGAUUUUCCCGAGGGAGAGGAUUAAGAAUCCCACGUAUUACGGGAAGGUCAGGGUCCAGAUUAGGAAUGACGACGGAACGCCGUUCAAAUCCGAGAUUCCCAACAAAAAUGCCGUUAUGGAGCACCUGUGCGAGAUGAUCCCAAAACUUAAAUCCAGGACGCAGCAGCGACAAGGAGCCCAAGGCGGUGGUGCUGCGCCCAGUGGUGGUGCCACGAGUGGUGGUGGCGGUGGUGGUGCCGGAGGCAAAAAGAAGAAAGGCCGUCGUUGACUCCGAUACCACAUUUCCAUGAUCCCACGGUUCUCCGCGUUUUGUUGUAUACCCUACUGAAAAAAAAA